AUGGCGGCCGCGGAGCUUCGAGCAGCGGGAUUAAUCGUAUUUCGCCGGAAACGCUUUACAGGACCUUUCGAAUACCUUCUUCUACAAACAUCUUACGGAAGACAUCACUGGACACCACCUAAAGGUCAUGUCGAUCCCGGAGAGUCGGAUAUACAGACAGCUCUUCGAGAAACUGAAGAAGAAUCAGGACUGAAAGAAAGCAGUUUGAACGUCGUGAAAGAUGUACGAAAAACAUUGAAUUACGAGGUGCGAGGAAAGCCAAAGAUUGUAAUUUACUGGCUUGCUGAAUUAAGGGAUUACAAUACGCCCAUACAGCUCUCUCAAGAGCACCAGGAGUACAGAUGGGUGUCUGUAGAUUCCGCAUGUCAGCUGUUACAUGACACCACUGGGCAAGCAUUGCGUGAAGUAGACGAGGAACUGAAGAACAUAGCAAAGUUUUACACAGAGACAUACUGA